GAUUCUCAUUCCUCCACUUGCUUUUUCUCACUCUUUUGUACACAUCUUUCCUUUUCCAGCAGUCUGAGGAUGAGGAUGGUCGCUGGAUCAAAGCUGAAGAACGAGGCCUCGGUUUAGACACGAGAGCGUCCGUCAGCUGAGCGUUAGAGCCGCUGUGUUGGGCUUUUUGACAUGUGAUCCGUUCGGAUGAGUGGGAAGCGGCGGCUGGAAUGUUCCCUGUCCUUUUGCAGCACUGAUGAUUCACGCUGGCUCGUAUUGCGCUGGAUUUUCCUCCGUGUGUUUGUUUUGGUCCCCUGACAACCGAAAGUCUCUUGUCCCACAGAAAUGAUGAUGAUGAUGAUGAAGAAGAAGGAACACAAGGACGCAGAGCUGGAUAAAAAGAUCGAGGCCUUACGGAAGAAAAACGAAGCACUUAUGAAACGCUACCAGGAAGUGGAGGAGGAUAAAAAGCGGGCGGAACAGGAAGUGAUGCCACUCCACAGCAGGAAGGGGAAGCCUGAUGAUCUGACCAUCACCAUCAACAAAUCCUCCAACGAUCGGCGUGUGGUGACGGAGCGCUCGGGACACGGAGAGAAGGAGAAGGAUCCGGGAUCGAGCGUCUUCAGCGUCGGGAGAGGAAAGAGACGACAGCUGCUCGUCACAACAUCAGGAAACAUCACGGGGAAGAGGGUGUUUGGUGAACGAAAGGACAGAAACCUGAAGUCGUGCGCUGAAGAAAAGCUGGAGUCCAACAUCACUCGAGAAAAAGAGUCGAUAAAGAGAGUCACGCAGGUCACAGAGGCCAUCGCUGACCUGAACCUGGUCUCAUCCCAAGAAGAGCAGCUGGAGUAUCUGCGGUGGAAGAAGGAGCGCGAGGAGAUCGACCGUGAGCGUGUGGCUCGACACAAGACCGCUGAAGGCCAGUGGAGGAGAGCCUGGGACAUGGAGAAGACCGAGCUGAUGUUCUCUGAGAAGGAACUUGAAGGAGCAUCAAACAGAGGAGGUCGAAACACUAGGAGAGGAAAUUCGAGGGCAGAAGGAUCCAGAGGUGGACAGCAAGCGUCGGACAGGAAGAGGAAGUGUGUUCCAGUGGUGGGCAGUAAAGCCAAGGGUAAAGAGCGUCUGACGGGUCGAGCCAGGAGGUGGGAUGCUAAAGAGCAGGAGGAGCAUCUGAAGGUGUGUCCAGAGAGCAGUUUGCAGGAGUUUUUAGAGGAACUGGACGCUCUUUGUGCUCCGGAAGUGGAGCGUGUCAAUCCAGAGACUGAUGAUGAAAACACAAAGCCACGUGCGUCUGUCGCAGACCACAACAGAAGUGUUUCGUCGUCCGUUCUCAAGGCCAGCUUCUCAGAGAACAGUGAUACGGAUGGCACAGAAACAGCUUCACAGCUCCAGAACGGCUCUGUGGAAGAAGACCGACUCAAUCCGCUUCCUGAAGGAAGUGAAGCGUCGUGUCCCAAACCGGACGAGAAGCAACCUGUCGAACACACCGAAAGCUGCUCUCACAGAGGAAACGAACAGCUGAUGGACUCGGCUCUGUCUCUCCUGACCCUGGAUCCGGUCGAGUCUCUCUCUGAUGUGGUCAGAGAGAAUGGGAAAGUGGUUUAGACAGGAAAUGAUGUCACUCACAUCCGGAGCGAAGCGUCACACAGAAGAACAGAAAUAUCAUUGGCUCACGCAGAGUUAAUCUAAACUCUUUUUGGGAGCGUUUGAGUGGCGGGUCAUGUUAUCGGAUGGUAUCUUCUCGUAGGUUAAAGAUUGUUAAUGUUUUAACGCACAUUUAACCUUCUUCUGAGACCGCAAACCCAAGGUCCGGUGGUUUUUGGGGGGUCUUUGGUGGGAUUUCAGUCUAAAAGCACUAAAACGGCUUGAAUGUCUAUCUUUAGAGGAAGAAACCCAUAGACACAGAGUGCAUUUAGACUUAACCAGCACACUAACUGACUUAAACUAGUACUCACUCAUAUAUCUCUGACUGUUCUUCAUUAACCAGUAUGUUAAUUAGCACUUUAGUGUGGUAUGAAUGAACCAUGUGUUUGAUUUAACUCUUGAGGUCUAAAUGAUUGUCGAGUGUUUUGGACAGGACUGAGUUUUGGUCUCUGGUUUUCUGCUCAUAACCUGGUGUUUGUUUGAUUGUAAAUGGAAAUACAUUUGAAUUGCACCAGUCCUGAUAAGUUUAACUUGUUACUGUUUGAAGAAUGCACUUAAGGGUUUAAUAAUUGAUUUUUUUAUUUUGCUGUCACUUUCAUGAAGUACUCUGUGUUCAUUUGCUUUUGAAAUGAAUGUAGAAAUAUAAAUAAUAAGCGUUAUAAAAAUUUACCAGCCCUGUGCUGCGAUGUUUGCACUGAUUUCACUGCACAAAUUAUUAAAAUGCACUAAAAUUAUACCUACAA